AUGGCUUCCACUGAGCCUCAGAGGGUCCCUUUGAGGGAGCGCCGCCCCUCGACAAGCGCCCCCAUCGUCGACAUACAGGGCUCUGUCAGCCCGGCCGGUAUUUCGAGGCCGAAGCACAAGCGGACCUUUACUGGGUUCGGUGCCGGGGAUAUCAAGACUGUUGAAGCUUCCAUCCCCGAGCCCCAGCGGGAGGCUUGGACCAAGCACAAGACCCAGGGCUUCAAGGACAAGGAUGGCUUCGAGAGCGAGGUCGUCCGUCACGUCGAGACCACCCUGGCGCGCAGCGUCUUCAACUGCGACGAGCAGGCCGCAUACGCCGCUACCGGCCUGGCCUUCCGGGACCGCCUCAUCCUGGAGUGGAACAGGACCCAGCAGCGCCACACCUUCGCCGACAGCAAGCGGGUCUACUACCUGAGCCUGGAGUUCCUCAUGGGCCGGGCCCUCGACAACGCCAUGCUCAACAUCGGCCAGAAGGACGUCGCCAAGAGCGGGCUCGCGGACCUCGGCUUCCGCAUCGAGGACAUCAUCAGCCAGGAGCACGACGCCGCCCUGGGCAACGGCGGCCUGGGCCGCCUGGCGGCUUGUUUCCUCGACAGCCUCGCCAGUCUCGACUACCCCGCCUGGGGGUAUGGGCUGCGAUACCGUUACGGUAUCUUUAAGCAGGAGAUUAUUGAUGGAUACCAAGUUGAAGUCCCGGAUUAUUGGCUCGACUUCAACCCUUGGGAAUUCCCCCGUCAUGAUGUUACUGUUGACAUACAAUUCUACGGGCAUGUGACAAAAGCUCAGAACUCUGCCGGCAAGACCGUUGCGCGAUGGGAGGGCGGAGACGUUGUCACGGCUAUAGCCUACGAUGUUCCGAUCCCAGGCUACGCCACCAAGUCCACAAACAACCUCAGGCUCUGGUCGAGCAAGGCUGCCAGUGGAGAGUUUGACUUCCAGAAGUUCAACUCUGGCGAGUACGAGAGCUCCGUUGCUGACCAGCAACGUGCCGAGACCAUCAGCGCCGUGCUGUACCCCAAUGACAACCUAGACCGUGGCAAAGAGCUCCGUCUCAAGCAACAGUACUUCUGGGUUGCCGCGUCACUAUACGACAUCGUCCGUCGUUUCAAGAAGUCGAAGCGGGCCUGGAAUGAAUUCCCCGACCAGGUCGCUAUACAGCUAAACGAUACCCAUCCUACCCUGGCUAUCGUCGAGCUACAGCGAAUCCUGGUCGAUGUGGAGGGACUCGAGUGGGACGAAGCCUGGAACAUCGUCACGCAGACCUUCGGCUACACAAACCACACUGUCCUUCCAGAAGCUCUGGAGAAGUGGUCCGUGGGCCUGUUCCAGCAUCUCCUACCACGUCACUUGCAGAUCAUUUACGACGUCAACCUCGCUUUCCUUCAGAGCGUUGAGCGUGCUCACCCCAAUGAUCGCGACCUCCUCAGCCGGGUGUCCAUCAUUGAAGAGUCUCAGCCGAAGAUGGUGCGCAUGGCGUACCUGGCCAUUAUCGGGUCUCACAAGGUGAACGGCGUGGCCGAGUUGCACUCUGACCUCAUCAAGACCACCAUCUUCAAGGAUUUCGUCGAGAUCUACGGCCCAGACAAAUUCACCAAUGUGACAAACGGCAUUACCCCCCGUCGGUGGCUGCACCAAGCUAACCCUCGUCUAUCCGAGCUUAUCGCCAGCAAGACCGGCAGCUACAACUUCCUAAAAGACCUGACGGAGCUCAACAAGAUCGAGCUUUCCGUAAAGGACAAGGACUUCCGCAAGGAAUGGCAGGAGAUCAAGUACGCCAACAAGGUCAGGCUUGCAAAGCACAUUAAGGCCAGUACUGGUGUGACUGUCAACCCCGCCGCGCUCUUUGAUGUUCAGGUCAAGCGUAUCCACGAGUACAAGCGUCAGCAGCUGAACAUCUUCGGAACGAUCCAUCGGUACCUGACGCUGAAGGCUAUGACACCGGAGGAGAGGAAGAAGGUUCAACCACGAGUAACUAUCUUCGGUGGCAAGGCCGCCCCUGGGUAUUGGAUGGCCAAGCAAAUUAUUCACCUUGUCAACAACGUCGGCGCUGUUGUUAACAAAGAUGAGGACAUUGGAGACCUUCUCAAGGUCGUCUUCCUGGAGGACUACAACGUCAGCAAGGCGGAGAUCAUCGUUCCAGCCUCAGACAUCAGCGAGCACAUCUCCACGGCCGGUACCGAGGCUUCAGGUACCAGCAACAUGAAGUUCGUCCUGAACGGCGGUCUGAUCAUUGGAACCUGCGACGGUGCUAACAUUGAGAUCACUCGCGAGAUCGGCGAGGACAACAUCUUCCUCUUCGGAAACCUGGCUGAGGACGUCGAGGACUUGCGUCACUCGCACACAUACGGCUCGCAUGCUGUAGACCCAGAUCUCGCCAAGGUGUUUGAGGCCAUCGAGAAGGGCACUUUCGGACAACCCAACGACUUCGCGGGCAUGAUCUCGGCGGUGCGCGACCACGGCGACUACUACCUGGUGUCAGACGACUUCCACAGCUACAUCGAGACGCAUCACGUCAUCGACGAGGCCUACAAGAACCAGGAUGAGUGGCUCACGAAGAGCAUUACCAGUGUCUCGCGCAUGGGCUUCUUCAGCAGCGACCGGUGCAUCAACGAGUAUGCCGAGGGGAUCUGGAACGUCGAGCCGCUGCCAGCGGACAAGUCGGACGGCGCGGAACUAUGA